GCUGUCCGAACUAAAUAACAGAAGAAAAAUUGCUGCCUCUUGUGAGAGCUGCAUGCGGCUGUUUUUUUGCUGGAAAAAACCGUCAUUAAUGAGCCCCAUGAAAAGCAGUUGGUGGUUAACAGUGUGGAUUUGCUGUUUGCAAGUUGUCCAUGGAGCUCCAAAUCCUGACUCGCUGAAGAGCGCAGAGCCACCAAGCGCUAUGAAAGUGGAAAACACAAUUGUAUGCGAAGGACAAAAAGCAUACGUUCAAUGCCCAAGCCCUUUCGAUGAAUUAGCAAUUGUGGGGACAAUGUACGGUCGCAAGAACUCAAAAAUCUGUGUGCAUCCAAGUAUCCCUUCCAGUGUGCCAUGCCAGGAACAAGAAACGCAGGUUAAGGCUCAGAUUGUCGGUCUCUGCGAAGGGGAACAUGCUUGUGAAGUAGCAGCUAAUAACGAUUUCCUGGCCAAGGCUGGAACUACAAUCUGCCCUGAUGUGUACAAAUACUUGGAAAUAAAAUACAGGUGCACACCACGAACAUAUUAUCCAAAUGUAGACAGCGCCUCAGAAAACAGCCAAUCAGUCAACGAGGUGAUAAGUGGUGGUAUGGGAGGCGUAACUUCGUCUACCUCUGUUUCCACGGUAACGUCUUCUUCUUCGUCGUCGUCGUCGUCUUCUUCAUCUUCAGUACCAGAAAUUACUGUUCAAGAGCACGAAGACAGUCAACCAGUCACUACUGCCACGUCACAAGCGUCGGUUACUCCAAUUGAUACACAUAAUACCCCAGAAGUCGGAAGUGACAUCACUGAAGAAUUUACUCAACCCCAGGCCGCAACUGACGUCAUCACUGAGACGUUCCCGGCCAACACCGCGUCGUCACAAACCGCGGAAGUCAAUGAGACGUACAAAAAAUCAGAGACUCCUAUGCGACCAGAGGAAUCUGGAGGAGGGCCCAGUGAUGAGCAAAGUGCUUCAGGAGAAUGGAAUGAGCUUGAAGAACAACGCGAUGUUAUUUAUGAUGCUGAGAUAAGAUGAAAGGGAGCCUCCCUCCAAACUGAUUGCUACUAAUACGUAAGACUGUUGGCGUAGCUGGGGCUGGUGAAAAAUCACUUUGCAAAGAGACUAAAUAUCUCCGAGGACAAUAUUCUUGCUAUGUUCUUUGCCACUGUUUACGUUCAAACAUAUGUGCUAUGGAUCAACGAUCACGUUAAGGAAUUGAAAAGGAAACAAACAGCUUUCCACAGCCAAUUGUUGCUAGCUUAUACUGUCAGUUAAUUAUUCGCCAAUAGUUCGAAUUCAUUCACUACCUUCGAUAGCUAGCACUGUUUGAUCACUUCACGGCCCGCACUUAAAAUAGAAAAAUACUGUCCAAGAUGAGAUGUAACUGGUAGUCACACA